CGAGUAAAUAGUGAACUGAUAAAAUAAGUCCGGUGGUUUGAUGCAACCGAGAACGGUCAAGAAGUUCUUAUUUUUUGUUGUACCUCAGUUACGUUGGGCCCAACGAACCUAUCAAGGUUUUCAAUUCGUUAACGACGCCAGAAAACAUUUGAAAAACUUUCAGAAAUUUAAUAAAUCAAAAAUGAGGUUACCAAUUAAAGUUCUUAUCGGUUCGGGUACUGCAUUCGCCUUUAUUUUAACAGUUGGGUUUAUAAUGUUUCCGCAUGUAAUUAAGAAUAAAGUGAAAGAAAUGACCGCUUUAAAAGAAGGAAACGACAUACGAGGAAUGUUUUUGAAAGUACCGUUCGCAUUAGAUUUUAAAAUAUAUUUAUUUAACGUUAAAAAUCCUAUGGAGGUACAAAACGGGGCGAAACCAAUUGUUGAAGAAGUUGGACCAUUUUGUUACGAGGAAUGGAAAGAGAAGGUUGAUGUGCAUGACAUUGAAGAAGAAGAUAUGAUGAUGUACAAUACAACAGACACCUUUUUACCUGCUCACUGGCCUGGAUGUGCUGAUCCCGAUAUGGAGGUUACAGUAGCCCAUCCUCUUAUUGUGGGUUUGGUCAAUGCGGUAACCAUUCAGAAGCCGGGUGCUCUCUCGUUGUUGAAUAAGGCAAUUAAAUCCAUUUUCAGCGAUCAAACUUCAAUCUUCUUAAAAGCGAAGGCAAAGAACAUAUUGUUCGGAGGGGUAACAAUCAAGUGUGGAGUAAAAGAUUUUGCAGGACGGGCAAUCUGUACUCAACUAAAAGGAGCUGGAUUACCUCAAAUAAACGAUGAGGAUUUGGCUUUUUCAAUUUUCGGAGCCAAAAACGCGACGCCUGGUAAACGUUUUCUAGUUUACAGAGGAAUUAAAGACUCACAUCGUUUAGGACAAAUUGUCAAGUACGACGAUAAACCGGUCAUAGAUAAUUGGCCGACGAAGCAGUGCAACGAAAUUCAUGGAACAGACGGCACUAUAUUUCCCCCAUUUUUGACUGAGGAAGAAGGAUUGGUUUCGUUCGCGCCUGAUCUGUGCAGAUCUUUGGGAGCAUUUUAUGUCAGAAAAGACACCUACGAUGGGAUUCCAGUUAGAUUUUAUACUGCGAAUUUGGGAGAUGCUUCUAAGAAUGCUGAUGAAAAAUGCUAUUGUACCACACCUGAAACAUGCUUAAAAAAAGGCCUGAUGGAUCUUUACAAAUGCACGGGAAUUCCAAUUUACGCGUCUCUGCCACAUUUUCUUGAUUGUGACAAAUCUUAUUUGGAUGGAGUACAAGGUCUGAAUCCUGAAACUGAGAAGCACCAGAUCAUAAUUCUUUUCGAACCUACUACGGGUGGCCCAGUGUAUGCCAAGAAAAGAUUGCAGUUCAACGUCCCUCUUGGUGUAAACGAUAAAAUCGAUCUUUUCAGCAAUUUACCAACUACUGUUCUACCAUUGUUCUGGAUAGAGGAGGGGGUCGAGUUGAACAUCACCUUUACAAAGCAGCUGAAGGACUUUUUUAAAAUUAAAAAGAUUGUUAAAUUGUCUAGCUGGACUAUUCUAAUCGGAUCACUCGGAGGUAUCGGAGUAGGUGGAUAUUUAUUUUUUAAGAAGACUGGUGAAGGAGAAAUUACGCCUGUUCAAAAAGUGGAACCAGUCGACACUCUUAAAAAUACGAUACACAAUAUGAAAUUCUCAAUGGAAGAUGAAGGUCACAUUAAUCAUGGAAUGAACAAUAAUGAUCCUGAUAAAUUUUAAAUAUUACAUUUCGUUCUAAAAUUAUAUUUACACUAUGUUUUUUUCUAAAAGACUUUUAUGUUAUAAUUUAAGACGAUAAACCUCAUAUUGUUUACAAUGGUUCAAACUUUGUGAUACGUAGUUGAUUGUUGUAGAUUUCGUUUCUUAGAAUAGAUUGUAUGAAGGGUUUGAAGUAUUUAUGGUGUCAGAUUUACUAAUUUUUGUAAAAUAUUGAUAGGUCGUUGGAUAAAAUAUUGUACAUAUGUUAGUUGAAUUACUUUCUUACUAUUUUAAUUUAUUAAUUAGUUCCUAUUGUGUUUAGAGACUUUUGCACUAAUAUUUUUUGCAUAUCUCGUGGUUUAAAGUUAGUUCAUAAUUCAAGUGGAAUAAAAUGUAUUAUUAUUAUAAACAA